AUGUUGGCGGCAUCGCAACCAAUCUCCAGCUUCACCUCCCUACCCGCAUCUCGAUCCGUGUCCAGACGGCCAGUCAGCAAGGAUGGAGACAAGCCAGCGAUAUGGGUUCCGAUGCUCAACAGCGCGUCGAAAGGCAAAGACUUGACAGAGAAACAACUCAUCGUCCUCGGCGGCAGCCCUGAUCACCAGCGCGAGUUCCUCGAACAGCUGAAUCCUCCCAACCUGCGCUCUCGAUAUUCCAACAACGACAGACGGAGACAACCGCGGACAGUACCCCUGUCGAAUCGUUACGCACUAGGCUAUACAUACCACGAUGUGCUGGACGCCGAUCAAGAAGACGUCCUGGCAAGACUGAACGUUUACACGCUGUCGAACUCGAGCGCCAACUUCGCCCCACUGCUGAAGCCUCUCUUCACCCCCAAAACGGUCAAGGACACCCUCAUAACGAUCCUACUGGACUGGCAAGAUCCUUUCAAGUGGGCGAGACAACUGCGACAGUGGAUCCGGCUGCUUCGAUCCGUCAUACUCAGUUUGGACGAUCAAACCAAGAUCGAGAUGGAAGAGGUCAUGACGGCGUGGAAGGAGAAACGAGUCGGACCGGACGCACCAUCGGUGCAGCCUGGAGGAACGGCGGCGGCGGCGACGGGCGAGCAGAAAUCAAUAGGUGCAGUCGUGCCCCCAGGGCCAGGGGAAUGGGACGAGGGAUUGGGAAUACCACUGUCCGUCGUGUGUAUCCAGGCAGAAAAGAUCGAGAUCCUGGAACGGGAGAACAGUUGGGGAGAAGACCAGUUCGACUUUCUCAUGCAAUGGCUGCGAUGCGUUCUACUCAAGCACGGUGCUUCCCUAGUCUACACUGCGACGUUUGACCCAAACCAUGUGCGGACGCUGAUCCAUUCGAGCUUGAGCAUACAUUCUCUCCUGAAACGGGAAGUCGCCAAACACAACAUCAUCGACCGAGAUAAGAUCCUGGUUCCGCCGAAUUGGGACUCUUGGGGGAAGAUACGAAUCCUCAAGGAAGGCUUUGAUCCGGAAGCCGUGGGUAAUGCGUGGUCCGUGGAGAUCCAAGAACCCCCCGAACAGACGCUGGACCUGUCGACGAAACCUCAGUCAUCCCAACCGGACAAACUACUUUUGGCUCAGAACGGCGACGCGACGACGCCCGAAUCCGAGUCGGCGGUGCAGGCGUACGAAUCUACACUCCGCAACCCAACAGACUCCAGACCGGCGUUCCAACCACGCACGCACGACGAAACGGUAACCGUGCCGAGCGCGCAGGAGUUCCUCCAGGUGCAGUAUGAAAAUCUAGAAAAACUCAAGGCCGAAGACGAAAAGGCCGAACGAAAGUCCCGCAAGGGUGCGCCCGCUCCGUCCGGCGGGGUAGUCGACGGCGCAGAAGAGGCCAUCAAAGGCGUCUCGAAUCCCAGGAUGGCAGACCACAUUGGUCCGUAUCAGAUUAACGUGAAUGGGAUCGAUUUCGACGCCGAGGAAGCGACGAGACGGCUACGCGAGCGCGAGAAUGAGCGAGCAGCGGCAGCGGCGGAAAGGAGGGGUGUCACGUCUGUAGCCGGUGGUGCAGGAGGAAGUGGUACCAGCAGCACGCCCAUGCGUAGGCAAGGAAGUGAAGCCGGAGGUACGGAGAGUGGCACAGCAACGCCGCCCGUUCCGUCCUCUGUAUCGAGCGCAUACGACAAGCAGAGCAACAGGGCCGCCGCCGACUUUUUCGCAAACCUCAUCAAAAAGGACAAAAAGGGCGGAGUCAGCGCCGGAGCAAGUCCGACGAGGAUGCCUGGUUCUGGGAGUCCGCUCGUUCGAGGGAUGGCGGGAGAAGAGAGGAGAAGGGAGUCGUGA